UACAUAGUAAAAUAAUAACCGAAAGUAUGCCAGCCAGAAGAAGUACUGAUAGUUCGGCAAUGAGGAGCAGUACGAGUCCCAGAUCCGAUGACAACGAUGAGGAAUAUAAAAAGAAAAGGAAACGAAAUAAUGAUGCAGUAAAGAGGACCCGGGAAAAAUCUAAACAAAAUGCCCAAAAACGCAAAGACAAUGUGGAAAAGUUAAAACUGAGCAACACCCAGCUGGAGACAAAAAUUGAGGAAAUGAAAAAGAAUGUGGAGAUUUUGAAAGAAAUUUUAUUACAUAAAGUCGAACCGGAAAAGCAUGAGCAGGUUAUUAAACAGAUUUUAGAGGAACCCUCUGAUGGCGAAGAUGAUGAUUAGUGUUGAGGUUUUUUUUAGUUCCGUGUUUAGAUAGUAUGUUUUAAAAAUAUGUAUUUGUAUAUUAUAAGAUUUUAUUUACAAUACUUAAUGGCUAAAAAUAGGUAUAGUGUGUAGAGCGUAUAUUAUGAACAUUACCAACCAAGCAAAUAUGAAAUGUAUUAUUGUAAGUUUUAAUAAAAAAAAUUAUAGAAAAUUGAGACUA